AUGAAAAGCGGCUCGGCCGUUAACAAAAUGGGAAUACUAGUGAAUCCUAUAAUGGAAAUAACUGAGAAUCUGACGCGGUGUAAAUCAAAAGCGAGCCUCCGUAUUCAAUCCAGGUAUAGAACACUCGAGGAGUUCACAAACAAGCUGCCCGAAUCCCGAGAACCGUCGCUUUUGCAAAUUUAUAAUUUGCCGCAGGAGAAUCCGAGCAUGUUCAAUUAAUAAAUUAACGAAGCAAGAAAAACUUCGGAUAGAUCACGAACCAUUAGUAGACUCAGUUUUGCUGCUUUAUAUUUAUACAAAGUUAAGAGAUUAUCGUUCAAAUUAUUAUGAAUCUUGAUAAAUUUAAAUCUAUGUAGUUUGGUGAUUUUUAAUUUUCACUGGUCGUUCAUAGAACACCGGUUGAUAUUUUCGAUAAAGUUUCGAUGCAAUUUCGAUGAAGAAUAUCUUCGGCAAGUGAAACGAAACGUCAGCUCGUCGCGAGUGAAGUUUAUUGUCGGCCAUUCGAUUCGUUUCAAGUGCGACGACGAUUAUUAAUGCCGCAUAAUAUCGCGUAAUAGAUGGUAUAACUCGCAUGGCAGUAAUCGAUAUUGUAUAACACAACAAUGCGUGACACUAUGCGGUAGUAAUGAAUGCCCUGUAAUACAUUGUGUCGGCGCCAUUGCAUAACACAUUGCUCCCGGCGAUUAACAAUUUGAUAUUCAUACGUUACGCCUACAUGCUCCGGGGGAAAUAUUUUCUAAAUAUUGUAUCGAGCCCACGACGAAAAAUACGAAGUUUAUUUGACGUUGAUGAAAGCAUAGUCCAUUGAUCUGACUAUGAGUGAAAGCAAUGUUUCGAAGUGGAGAAGGCUAUGAGUGGCAAAUUUUUAGUCAUCUGUCUACGUGUUUUACUUGAAAAUAACAACGACACACAGGGGAAAUAUAUUUUUGCUCGUAUGUAUACGAGUGAUCUAGGGACAAACUUUGCUAGAAUCAGCAAGUUAAAAUAAAUUGGGAAUUUUUUUUCUUUUUCCUCGAAAAUUUGAUGCUUGCCACUUACGAUGUUCUCUACAAGUUUAAAAUUUUAAAAUUGUUUGGCAAAGUUGUUCAAUUUUAAAGUUAAAGUUUAAAAGUAGAAAUAGAGAAUGUAACAGUUUGGAAAAUACUAUAUUAACAUAUAUAUAAAAUAUUAUAGACUAUAUUAACGUGUUGUAUGUGAUCAUAUAUUAUAUAUAUUAGAUCUAUCAUAUAUAUCGUAACAUGUAUAUAUAUCAUAUAUAAGAUAUCAUAGACUUGUAUAUCAUAUCAUGUAUAUAUAUCAUAUAUGAGAUAUAGACUUAUAUAUCAUAUCAUGUACAUAUAUCAUAUAUAAGAUAUUAUUUAUAGAUAUUAUAGAUCAUAUAUUUCACAUACAAGAUAUUAUAGACUAUAUUAACAUGAUGUAUGUGAUUACAUAUAUCUCAUAUCAUAUCAUAUAUCAUGUAUAUCAUAUCAUAUCAUAUGAUAUAUCAUAUCAUAUAUCAUGUAUAUAUAUAUCAUAUAUAAAAUAUUAUAGACAUAUAUCAUAUCAUGUAUAUAUAUCAUAUAUAAGAUAUAGACUAAUUUAUCAUAUCAUGUAUAUAUAUCAUAUAUAAGAUAUUAUAUAUAGAUAUUACAGAUCAUAUAUAUCAUAUAUAAGAUAUUAUAGACUAUAUUAACAUGAUAUAUGUGAUCAUAUAUAUCAUAUCAUAUCAUAUAUAACCUCCAAGGAAAAUUCCUUCAAUUUCUACUGGCCGAAUCUAACCAUUAAUUGAUAAUGGUAUUCGAAAGUGAUCGUUCUUAUGUUUGAAAAAUUAUUCAACAACUACGUAAUUAAAACGGCAGCAGAGAACGUAAUAGUGGAAACGUCACUGCGCUAUUUAAUCAAGAUAAAUUGAUACCUCUGUCAGACUGAAUCCUUCAUUAAUAUCUCUCCGCACAUUAGCUGCAACUGUAAUCAAUACACAGUUAUACGACAUUCACUCGGCGAGCUACUAUUUAGUUCUGGUGUAAGAUCGACCGAAACGGAAUAUCAACGUGAUACUGAAAGCCAACGGGGGGGACGGAAUUCAGAGAUGCCCCGUAUGUCAAAUUCAAACAGACGUUCAAAUGAGAACUGAAAAUUCACGAAGGAUUCAAACGGAAUGACAUUCGAGUGAGACGUGAAAAUUCACGAAGGAUUCAAAUCAUAUUGAAAUGGGAACUCAAAACUCACGAGAACUUCAGACAGAAGUGGCAUUCAAAUGGGAACUCAGAAAUUCACGAAAAAUUCAAACAGAAUGACGUUCAAAGGACCUAAGCAGAUAAGAGCUGUUGGAAGGGAAAUCGAUGGAGCCGAGCUGGUGGAAAGCAGCGCGAUAGCCGCGCGAUAUACCGAAUAUACGGGGCCAGGAUCAUUUAUCGAGCGGCGCGGUCUCGCCCCGAUAAGAGAGCAAGGAAUGCACUUAAUAGGGUUUCGCCGGAAUUCGAGGCAGGCCCCGGAGACUGAUGCCAGAACGGACGUU